AUGACAGACGCCAAGGUCAAGCGUGCAUUGCUCGAUCUGCAGCGCAAGGAGGGCAACAAGUCCUGUAUGGACUGCGGUUCGCCGAACCCGCAGUGGGCGUCGGUAUCGCUGGGAACGUUUUUCUGUCUCAACUGCUCAGGCCAGCACCGUGGCUUGGGCGUACACCUGAGCUUUGUGCGGUCGAUCUCGAUGGACAAAUGGACAGCAGACCAGCUGAAGCGGAUGGAGCUUGGCGGCAACGUUAAAGCACUGGCGUUCUUCAAAACGCAGCCUGAUUACAAGGACGGUAUGGCAAUCAAGGACAAGUACAACAGCCGGUUUGCCGAGCUGUGGCGGCAAAAGCUGACUGCCGAAUGCGAGGGCAAGGUAUGGACUGCGCCGCCGCCUGGUGCUGUGCCCAGCCCGCAGAUCCGCUCCAACACGUCAUCGCCGAUGCCCCGCAGCAACAGUGCAAUGGGUGCACGCCGCAACUUGUCGGGUGUUAGCCCGAACCCGAACCUCAACAGUGCAUUCGGCAACUCUCCGGCCAGCAGUGGCCAACAGACGCCUGAUCUCGGAGGCACAAUGGGCCAGAAGAAGCGCAACGAGGACUAUUUUGCCUCUCUGGGUGCUACCAACGAGUCGCGUCGCGAGGAUCUGCCACCGAGCCAGGGCGGAAAGUACAGUGGUUUCGGAUCGUCGUCGUUCACGCCUAGCUCGGCGCGUUCGACCAGCCAGUCGGCGGGGAUUGGCUCUUUCAACCCGCAGGAUAUCGUCAAUGACCCGUCGGCUGCGCUCAACAAGGGGUGGUCGCUGUUGUCGAUGGGUGCACAGACAGCUCUUAGCACACUCGGCACAGUGGCUGGUGCUAUCAACGAGAACUAUGUGAAGCCAGCGGCAGAGAGGAUCCAGGACCCAAGCUUCCGUAACGAUAUGACUUCGUAUGUGAGCACCAUCGGCCUGAAGGUUGAGGAGACAGCAAACCGUGGGUUCACGUCGCUUUCCGAGUACAUGCGUAAUGGCCAGCAGAGUCAAGGCGGGUACUCGCAGGUGCCAACCUCGGGAGGUGCUGGGGUGCAGAGUAGCAACUACGGUGGUGAUGACGACGCCGAUUUCUUCGAGAAGGAGAUGAGCCAAGGCAGCGGAACUCUGACACCAGCGGCCUCCACGAAUAACCCGAUUGCGCGCACUGCCAAUGUCGUCAAGCGCUCGAACUCGCGGAACACACAGCUUUCUGGAUCUGGCAACAACUCGACGACCAACCUGAAGAAGAAGUCGUCUGGAUGGGACGACGAGUGGGAUAACUUUUAG